GAAUUGUGCUUCCAUUCUGGUAAAAACAUUUUGCACUUUAUAAUUUGGGAAAUGUUGCCCUGGCUGUUCAAGCAACUUCAAAUGCAAUUGUGAAAAAGUCCAGAAACUGCAGAAAAAUAGCGUAACACUAACGUUAGCUGUUUAAAAGUCAUGGAGGGCGACAGUCCCCAAAAACAGAUGCCUGCACCUCGUAUCUUCGUGGAGAGAACGCUGGCUUUAAUCAAACCUGAUGCCAUCCACAAAACUGAUGAAAUUGAGGACGUUAUUCUUCAAUCUGGAUUUACAAUUCUUCAGAAAAGAAGGCUUCAGCUGAGUCCAGAGCAAUGCAGUGAUUUCUACUCUGAGCAUUAUGGGAAGCUGCAUUUUCCCCAUCUGACUGCCUUCAUGAGCUCCGGACCGGUUGUUGCUCUAGCACUGGCCCAACACCAGGCUAUUGCCACCUGGAAAGCCAUAAUGGGACCAGUCAGCAGUAUAAAAGCUAGAGAGACACAUCCUGACUGUCUGAGAGCGAGAUUCGGCACGUGUGACCUGCAGAAUGCUGUGCAUGGCAGUGAAUCCUUCUCUGCUGCUGAGAGGGAGAUCAGGUUCAUGUUUCCCAACUCUGUGAUUGAACCUAUUCCUAUGGGAGAUGCUGCCAAAGAUUACCUGAGCCGCUACGUCAGCCCAACACUUCUCACCGGACUGACAGAGCUGAGCAAGAAAAAGCCACUGGACCCUUUUACAUGGCUUGCAGACUGGUUGAUGAAGAAUAACCAUAAUAAGCCCAAAAUAUCUGAUGUAACAGUAGUAGAGGAGGCAGCAGUGUGAUUUUUUUUUUCUUUCUUUCCUCAAGCAAGAAGAAUUUACCAACAAGAAGUUACUGUAUUGCUCUAUUUUGGACGUUUUCUCUCAUAUCAU